GGUAGGAGGGACUUGAUGCUCCAACUUCUCAUUCGGCGCCUCUCUGCUCCAGUCGUCCUGGUCCUGCUUGGAGAGAGACGACGGCAUCAAGCAGCAGCAGCAACAGCCAGCACGGCAUUCCGGGGGGAAAGACCAUGCAUUUUGGGCUGAAAGGACGACCGGAGCCUCACGUUAUUUCGUUUCCUUAUCUGUGAUUUUGGAUUUUCUUUUUUUUUUUCUUUUUUUUUUUUACCCUUCCCCACCCCCUGUCUCUCCUUUUCACCCAAUCUCUGACGCGCAAGGACACUACAGCAUCGCUCCACGGCAGAUAGACGCGCACAUAGAGCCUCCUCUGUACAGACGCACCACCGCCACCCUCCUUCUGUCCUACCUUCCUUCCUCCCUUCCACUCUGCCGUUUUCGGUAUCUAACCCAGAGGACAUCGGGACCUCUUCUCCACCCCCCCACCCCACCCCCUCACUUUCAACCCGGAGACAUGGAUCUAUGGUUUCAUUCGAUCCGGAUUUGCUGGUGGAGGGUUUUAUUCCUGAUGAGUGUUUUCCAGGACUAUCUGAGCUCCAUGCUGGACUGCCCGCCGACCUGCAGCUGCUCUCAAACGGAGAUCUACUGCAAUAAAUCCGACAACGGCAGGUUCUUCCCUUUACUCGCCCUGCAAGACACCGGCACCAACGGGACCACCGUUGACAUAGCAGAGUUAUUCAAAAACAUCUCCUCCAUACACAUAGAGAACUGGACGGGACUGCAGACCCUGAGAGACGUGGACAUGGAGCUCUACACCGGCCUGCAGAGACUAACCAUCAUGAACUGCAACCUUCGGGUGAUCCAGGCCCGAGCGUUUGCUCAGAAUCCACACCUACGCUACAUCAACUUGUCGAAGAAUCCUCUCAGCACGCUGUCGUGGCAGCUCUUCCAGCACCUCCAACUCUCCGAGCUCCGCCUGGACGGAGUCGUGUUCGACUGUGGCUGCGACAUCCGCUGGAUCCAGCUGUGGCAGCAGAGAGGAGAGGCCGGCCUCCACACGCAGCAGCUGUCCUGCAGGAACGGAGCCUCCAAGAUACGACUGCACAACAUGUACAUCCACAACUGUGAUGUUCCAGAGAUCAGUGUGAGCCACAGCAGCGUGUUGGUGAUGGAGGGCGAAAACGUGACGGUGAGCUGCAAUGGUUCUGGAUCACCACUUCCUGAGGUGGACUGGACCGUCGCCGGCCUGCACUCCAUCAACACACACCUGUCCAACGUGUACUGGCCCAACAUCCACUCCAUCAACCUGACGCUGUUCAACAUCAGCCGAGACGACAACAACUUCCAGCUGACCUGCAUCGCUGAGAACGUGGUGGGGAUGACCAACUCCUCCAUUCAGCUCAACGUACAAUUUCCUCCGAUCAUCCUGAGACUAGCUGAGCCCGAGCAGCGACACGAUACCUGCAUCGAGUUCACCGUUAGGGGCUACCCCCACCCCAAGCUGCGCUGGUUCUACAAGCAAAAAGAGAUCCUCCAGAACAACUACAUCCGAACCGAGAUGGACUUCUAUCAGGACUACCUGGAGGGCUGCCUGACCUUCCAGAACCCAACGCACAUACACAACGGCAACUACACCCUGGAGGCCAGCAACCCUUUAGGAACGGUCACCAAGACGGUGUACGGUCACUUCCUCAUGGCCCCCGACAUGGAAGACAUAGUGGAAAUAGUUACUUCCGCGCCGUCAGAUGGUGAUGUGGGCCGACCAGAUGAAGACACUUUUGGGGUUUCCAUCGCCGUGGGUUUGGCGGGCUUUGCCUGCGUCCUCCUCCUCGUCAUUUUUGUUCUCAUCAACAAAUACGGCCGGCGCUCCAAAUUCGGUAUGAAAGGUCCAGUAGCUGUGAUCAGUGGUGAGGAAGACUCUGCCAGCCCUCUCCAUCACGUUAACCACGGGAUUAUUACCCCCUGCACUCUGGAUGCGGGUCCUGAUGCGGUCGUCAUAGGGAUGACUCGUAUUCCUGUGGUGGAGAAUCCUCAGUACUUCAGACACGGCCACAACUGCAACAAGCCAACCACCCUAGUCCAGCACAUAAAGCGGAGAGACAUCAUCCUGAAGAGGGAGCUGGGCGAAGGAGCGUUCGGCAAAGUCUUUUUGGCAGAGUGCUACAACCUCAGCCCCACCAAGGACAAGAUGCUAGUGGCUGUCAAGACACUGAAAGAUCCCAACCUGUCGGCAAGGAAGGACUUCCAGAGGGAGGCCGAGCUGCUGACCAAUCUGCAGCACGACCACAUCGUCAAGUUCUACGGCGUCUGCGUGGACGGAGACCCUCUCAUCAUGGUGUUUGAAUACAUGAAGCAUGGAGACCUCAACAAGUUCCUCAGAGCCCACGGCCCGGACGCCAUGAUCCUGGUGGACGGACAGCCACUGCAGUCCAACGGAGAACUGGGUCUGUCCCAGAUGCUGCACAUCGCCACGCAGAUCGCCUCGGGCAUGGUGUACCUGGGCUCCCAGCACUUUGUCCACAGAGACCUGGCCACCCGCAAUUGUCUUGUGGGAAACGGCCUGCUUGUCAAGAUCGGGGACUUCGGCAUGUCCAGGGACAUCUACAGCAGUGACUACUACAGGCGUGGCAGCUGGGCCAGUUCGGACCUUGCUGGGGGCAACGCCAGCAGUUAUGAAGCACUUGCCUGCUGGGUUGGAGGACACACCAUGCUACCGAUUCGCUGGAUGCCCCCGGAGAGCAUCAUGUACAGGAAGUUCUCCACGGAAAGCGACGUAUGGAGCUUUGGAGUCAUCUUGUGGGAGAUCUUCACCUAUGGGAAGCAGCCUUGGUUUCAGCUGGGUAACAACGAGGUUAUUGAGUGCAUAACCCAGGGCCGGGUUCUGGACAGGCCACGGAUUUGUCCUAAAGAGGUGUACGACAUCAUGCUGGGCUGCUGGCAGAGGGAACCGCAGCAACGGCUGAACAUUAAGGACAUCCAGAAGGUCCUGUUUGCCAUGGGGAAAGCCACGCCGGUCUACCUGGACAUCCUGGGCUAGCAGUGGCCCCGGGGGGCCCCGUUCCUUCGCCAGUCAAACAGAACGACAGAGACACGCUGACAGAAGGACCAACGCAAACCCAGGAAUAACCAAACCAACCUGCUCCACUGUCGAAAAACACCUACAAUGUUUGGGAAGGACUUAAGUGCCUGCAACACUUUUGGAUAUAGUGGAUAUAAUGUAUUCAAAAAAACAAAACACGCACUUUUACAUUUUGUUUACUUGCGUAUACGAUGUACAGGUUUGAAGAAGACUUUUUUUUUUUUUCAAAAUUGCAAAAAUACACAAAAAGGGAAGUACAGUGGACUGGCAAUAGAAAAAUGACCAGAGUUUGAUUAUAUUAUUGAGAGAACUCAUCAGAGUUAAAAAUCUAUCCUGGGUUUGGUUUUAUUGAUAUAUAUAGAAAUAUUGCAUAUAUUUUAUAUUUAUUUCUUUUUGUCAAGAUGCUGAAGGGAUCUACCAUUUGUGAUGCGACGGGCUCGGCCCUGUCUGAAGACGUCACCGACAGGGACUUGACAACUGUAGCCUUACCUGCGCUCUGAUUGGCCGACGCUGAGCUUUUAAUGGGAACUCUGCCUCGGCAGGAUAACACUGGAUCAAUGAUAUUAAAGAAGCGUGAGGGCCUACCCAAUCAGACAACCAACAAAUCUAUUUUAAUUUAAAAAAAAAGAAAUGUACAUAUUGUAAAUUCUAUGUGUCAAAAUUAUGUUAACUUAUUUUUUUGGGUUGGUAUUUUGUUUAGUUUUUCUGACUGUGAUCUGGGUGAAGUAAAAAGCUAUGGUAUUUGUUUCCAUCCUAAUCAAGAGGACGUUUCUCCUGGGAAGUACUGGUUUCUCCUUUGUGGUGAAGGGGAAAACAGCGCCAGAAGUCAGCCGCCACCCAAUCGCUGAGACGCCAUCAACACUUUUCCAAAAAAAGGUGAUUAAGCCUCAUGUUCACUUUCCAGUUCAUUUGCUUAUUUACGCCGAGAGCAAUGCGUUGCUCUGUAAUAUCGAACCCUCACCCCUCCGACACGUACAUGCGCUUUGAGACACCUUUGUGCUUUUCCACACGCAUAACACACACAACCCAAGAAAAUCCAUAAUGCGAAGGAAUAAGUGACAACAGAAGCAUUUCAGCUGAGAGUAAUUGGAGGAUAUAGAAUCCCACAUCCGUCAGAUCCAUUGGCGGCUACAGUGGUGUCACUUAGCAUUCGCACUAGAAACAGGGAAAUGGCCUCGCUCCAUCAAAAGGGGAAAUAAUCCCACCUCGCAGCACCUCUACAGCUGACCGGCUGUAGGGUGUAGCUUCAUAUUUACUGUACAGACCCAAGAGUUGUAUUGAUCGUCCCACCCAAAUGUAUAGAACAUUUCCCCGAUGAACAAAAGGUCGGUUCCAAACAUUUAAGCUACCAAAAUGAUCACAAAAUCUCUUCACAGGAUUGAGAAAAGAAACGCAGCGUUCCAUUUAGCACAACAAACCGUUUCAUUUGACUGUUCUGAUUGGUUCUGAUCCACUGUACAUGACCCGCAGCAUCUCUCCUCUUCCUCGCACUCGAGGCCUUUGCAUGUUUCGCAAUGAUGAGGCUCCGCACGCUGUCUGUUGCUUUGAAAUAAAAAAACAACCCUCCUCCGAUACGAACCGGAGGAACCACUGAAGCAGGUUGACACUUGUGUUCAGUAAUAAUCACUGAAGUGGAUCAGCUAACUGUGUGCUAUUUCGCCCUCCAUAUUUUUGAUUAUUACAGUAUUUAAUGAACUGGAAAUUCUGAAGAGUUGUUUUCCAAAAUGUAGAAACACAAUCCCCGAAAAAGCUUAACGGCAAAAAAACCCAACUAAAACCAAAUGAAAUGGCUUCUUAUGAUUUGUUCGACAAUAAGUGAAUAAGAGUUCAUUUUUACACGGUGGAUUCUGUCGAUUUCUGAAUGAUAAAACUCAGGCAACGAUUUCAUUUAAUGUUGUAUCUGGAUAUACAACAUUUUGGAGUGGAGCUCUUCACAUCACUUCCUCGUUACUCUGAUAUGAAUUCUCACAGAAUCACAAUUUGUCUCUGUUCCCCUCGGGACUAUGUAAAUCAUUAAUGAAUAUUCAGUUAUUUCAAGUAUUUUAUAUGAAAGGCAGCAUCGAAUCCAACGACUCACCCAAAGCUUUGAGCUCUUGUGUAUUCCCCUGUGGUAAAGAUAAACGCUUAAAGACAUCAUCACACCGGCCGUGAGCAUUUGCAGGGUCUUGUAAUCCUUUCAUGGUGAGUUGAAUAUUGUUUAAAAAGAUUUUUUUGUUUCUUGUUUUCUUCGAUGAACUAACUGAACACUUUUUGAAGCAAAGUUGGCAUAUGUACACAUGUUACAGAAUAUAAAAAUGUGGUAUAACAACUGCAGUAUAUAAAAUACUGGUAUUCCAUGAUAGAUCUUUGUAUUAAUGUGACUCUCUUAAGAAAAUGUCUUCAAACAAUCA